AAGGGUUGUUCUCUUCUGUGCGAUGCCCUGGAAAAUCGUCAGCUGGAACGUGAACGGAAUCCGAACGUUGGUAACUCCGAAAACGCCGUUGAGCAAAUGGCUGAACGAUUUCGACGCCGACAUUGUCUGUUUCCAGGAGACGAAGAUUUCUCGAGAAGCAUUGCAGGAAGAGAUCGCCGUGGUUCCUGGUUACACAUCGUACUUCGCCUUUUCGCAAACGAGAGUCGGAUAUUCUGGUGUUGCAACUUACUGCAAGUCAAGCACUGCAACCCCAACAAAUGCAGAAGACUGUUUAACAGGUUGGCAGAGUAAUUCGAAUAGCGUCAUUGGAUUCACUGCUUCAGCGAGUGACGACAAUUUAUCCUCUGGAGGUCUGAGUUCGCUGGAUACUGAAGGAAGAUGCGUUCUGACGGAACACUUGAUUUCGGAUUCGCUGACGGAUGAAAAGAAGAAGCUCUUCGUUUUCAACGUGUAUGUUCCAAGGGUUGAUUUCGAGGAGAACCCGCCCCCCAGGCUAGAUUACAAAAUGGACUUUUUGCGAAUUUUGCUACAACGAGCGAAAAAGAUGACUGCAGCCGGACAUUGUGUGAUCAUCACUGGCGACUUGAACGUCUGUAUCAGCCCUGAAGACCACUUUGACCCUGGUGAUAUCAAUGAUUUUUACAAAGAUCGACCUGAUCGGCAGUUAUUGAAGAGCUCCCUCCUAAACUCAGAAUUAUCCGGAGACGGAUUCCUCGUUGAUUCCUUUCGGAAAAUGCAUCCGGACCGGAAGAAUGCCUACAGUUGUUGGCACACGAAACUUGGCCUGAGGAGCAAAAAUUUGGGAACGAGAAUCGACUUUGUCCUGACAGAUUUGGCAUCUGCCAAUCUUUUGGCAGGUGCUGACGUUUGCCCACACGUCAUGGGCUCUGACCAUUGUCCAGUUGAAACCAGUUUUUCCAGUUCACUCCACGCCUCCGUAGUUUGUCCAGCCUUGGCCACGAAACUCUGGCCCCAGUUUGCCCGAAAGCAGCAAAAACUCACCGACUUUUUCGCCCGUGGGGAGAAGAAUUGUGUUGCGUCUGUCGUGCAGAAACGCGAAAAGGCGAAGAAAUGUAACAAUUUGAUUUCGAGCUAUUUCGUGAAGCGGCAGAAAGUGACGGACUCCGGCGAAUUUGUGAUUUCUGAAUCGGCCUCACAAGAAGUGGAGCGAGUUAUAGAAGAUAUUGAGCAGGAAUCGUGUUCUCCUCCGAUUCGAUCCGAAAUUUCAGUAGAAACGAGCCGAAGUGGGAAUGUUUCCAAUUCUUGGAAGUCCCUUUUGACUGGACCACCCAAGUGCAAACACGGGUUCGUGUGUGUUCGACGCGUUGUCAAAAAACCUGGGCCGAAUUUGAAGAGAGAAUUCUGGAGUUGUCCAAUUAUGCCGGUCGAGGAAGUCGACAAAGGGCCAAAGUGCUCAUUUUUUCUGUGGAUCCGUCAGCCUAAAUUCCUUUUGAACCCCGCAGGCGUUUUUGGAGCUUCAGAACAAGAUUUUGAAGAGCCCAUCGGGAACUUGUUAUGUACUGAGUUGAAUGAGUUGUGGAGACAUCUAGGCGAUGUAGAUGAAGCAAAAUCCUCGGCUUCUGCUGCAACACUGAAGACAUUGUAUCUGAAGAGGAAAUUAAAGCUGUCGGAAAUCGUUUCUGGGGUCAUGGUAGUUGUUCACAGUCAGAACAGGAAUCCCAUGGGUGCCAUUCUGAUGCUGUUGGAAGUUUUAUCUGUAGCUGAUGAUCUCUCCGAAGUUUGGUCACCCAACAGAGAACUUGAAGACCUUCGAAGUUCAAAAGUGAAGUCAGCAGUUAAUCCUUUGGUUGCUUUGGUGCUUCAUAAACCGAGCUGCGGUCAUGCGAUUCUUUCUGGAGCCGAUUAUUUUUAUCGUCGAACCGAUUGUUCCAAGCUAUGGGGUCUAUUGUUGGAGCUGUUCAAGUUUGUAUUGAACGAUGAAGGGACGACUCAGGAACAUUUCCUUUUGCAGAGAGAAGCUUUUCUCAUUUUGGCCAACAGAGGUGCGGACUUUUCGUACCGAGACGUUUACGAGCUGCUGAGAAAUCAUGUCUGGAUCAGAAAAAAGCUGUACAAUGAUCAAGAUCUUGAAGCAGCUGCAGACAAACUAGUUUUACUCCUGCAGCGAUUCCCUUCAACUACUGUGUGGAAGUCUUCGGAUGAUGACAAUAUUUUGCCAAUUUGUUGUGCGAUUUUGUGGGAAUCCUCAAAAAGCACGUCGAAUGCAAUAUUUUUACCGAGACUGAUGACUGUGCUGAACACUGUUGUCACUGAAUUGUCGCCUGCGUACCAAGCCUUCUUGUGGCUUUUCCUCUGUGUUUUUCUGCCCAUCUGUCCUAUUUCUUUGUAUGAAUCAGCCAUUGAUUUGGCAAAUUGGCUUUUUCCGAAACUGGAAAAUGGCAACAAGACCUUGGUCCUUUCAAUGUUGGCCCCAGCGUGUCACACUGCUGGUUUGGAAGAAGUUGAGUCACUUGCCAAAGCUGUCAUCGGUGCUAAAGUUCUCGUCAACCGCCUCACCGAAUUUCGCGCAUCGGAAAUGGCUAAAGAUCCCGACUCCAAAUUUGCGAUCCGAAUCAAUUGCCACUCGGAUGAGAACGGCCUUCUCAUCGUUCGUCAUCCAUUCCUUAGCAAUAUCCUGCGAGUGCAAACCUGGUUGACGACUGACGGAUUUGACACGAAGUCGAAAAGCAGCAGAAAGAAUGCCGAAGACGUCGUUAUUCAAACUGCAAUGCUUGGAGAAUUUUUGGCACUUGACGAAGAAAACUCGCGUAUUUCUGCUUUUGGGAUGAAUCACGAAGAGCUGCUGGAGGCGUUGGUGGAUGCAGGGGAAAAGGAUCCUGUUGCAGCAGUGCGCAUGUUGCCCGUGUUUGUGGCCACUCUGUCGUUCAAGACGCUGGGCAGCAGGGCCAUGUCGAGUGCGCUUAAACUCAGAGUCAUGCAGGUUUUGCCCAAGUGGGCUGUGCACAAGGCAUGUGUGAAGCCGUUGCUGAACUUGAUUGCAGCCAUGAGAAGUCAGUCGGGUUUGGAGGUGAUGGCCCUGCGCAUGAUGCACGAAUUGUGGAAAGCUGAUGAUCGGUGUUUCGGAGAACUGGAAGCGAUGUUGGUUCAAUCCAAGAACGACUCUGCAGCUUGGGCCAUUGCUAAAAGUUGCUUAGUCCGAGACAUCUGUUUGUCCAAGGCAAAUAAAUUUGGCAAUGCUUUCUUGGGACUUGUUGUGGACACCAUCAAAGCACCGUCCGGGUUGGAAAUUCAUGCGUUAUGCGCUUUGGAUGCAGUUGGUGCCUUGUGCAAAGAGAGCGUUGUUGAUUUGCAAGAUGUGUUCGAGAUCUUGACGAUUCUUGCGCAUGCUGAAACGAGGUCGCUUGUAAUUUCCAAAAUUGGGGAAGUUAUUCAAUUGGCUGCUGACGUGGAAAGAACGAGCAGAAAAGCGAAUCUUUUUGUGACUCGUGUUCUCAAUUGGCUGUGGGACCUGACUUGUGGUACUCAAGUGCAUCUUGUUAAUAUGGCUUUGAGAACGCUCGGAAAAUUCUCGCCUACGGAUUUCAAACUGUCUAUGGUUCCCGUCAGUUUCCGAUCCCGAGCGGAAAUUAAGGAAAGGAUUUUUGACGAACAAGAGGAUUUUGUUUCGGGUGCUCACAUCCUGAAAAUGUUCGAGGAACUGAAUGAGAAGAGUUUUCCUGCCAUGGAGGACUUGGUGUUAUCCAUGACCGGACACGAGAUGAGAAACAUGGGCAAGAGAGCUUACACGAUGGGCAUGAAUCUGGCAGCGACUAGGAGAAACCCGGAAAACCCCGCGGGAGAACCCAUGGAUUACAAUUAUUUGGACGAGAAAAGCCUGCUCAAGUGGGUAAUUCGUUAUCUCAUCGAAGAGUCUAGAAAGGAACGCACGGAUUCCGGAAGCACGAUUUUGAUUUGUUUGGCGGCUUUGAAUCAGACGGAAUUUUUCUCUGGCACUCGAGGACUCCCGCCGCCGAGGAUUUUACGGCCAUUGGCAAGGCUACCUGAAUUGCUGUGUGCUGUGUUGGAUUUGGUCGUGGAAGCAAUGGUUGUGCUGAGAAGGAGAUUUUCAGACGUUGUGGUUGCUUUGAACGUGACUGAAUAUGAAGAGAACUCAUUGGCGGGUUUUCUCGAAUUUCACUUCGAAAAGCCACUUCAAGACCAUGGAAAGAAGCUAACGGAUGACUGGUUGACAGCGUUUCGAGAUUCACUGACGGACAAUCGA